ACCUUCAAUUGCUAUUUUUGCCUGAUAAAAAAUUACAAAAAUCAUCGCAAACGCAGCCAGCCGCCUAUGAUUAAGUGCUGAGUGGAUCCCCCACACCCUCGACCGAACCCCCGCCAGGCGGGAACGAUAGCCGAGUGCCGAGCGGCGGCCAUCCAGUGAUUCACGGCGUUGACAUUGAAAAACAAAUGCAAUGCCAGCACAGUGGGCGUGAGCAGCGGAAGGGGAGCAGUGGCCAGGAAGGGCAAGGAUUCAGCGCAAGGACACGGUCGAUAGGAGCAGCUGCCCCACUGUCCAGCGGCCACGAUGCCCUGCGAAAGCUGCGGCGUGGAAUUCACGGUGUUUCGUCGCAAGCGCGCUUGCUUCGACUGCAAACGCUACUAUUGUGCCAACUGCAUUGCGUCCAGGCGCUGCCAACGAUGCUCCGUGUUCGCCCAGCGUCCUUUACUAAGGACAGAUCUAUUAAAGCUCAAGCCCAAGGACCUGAUUUUCUAUCUGCAGUCCAAACACAUCUCCACUGAAGGCUGUCUAGAGAAAGAGGAGCUGGUGGGCCUGGUCCUCACCCAUGUGGCCCAGGUGGACCGGGGCCGUGGCUCGAACGCCUCCUCCAACAGUCCGGGUCGUGGCCAGGCCAACCCCAUCGACAGCCUCAAACAGUCGUGCCAAAACUUCUUCUCCAACCUGACCGACAAUAUAAGCGAUUCGCUAGCCUCGUUCGAUUCCAAAGUCACCACAAAGCCGCCGGAGAGCAGGCAGCCGGAAGCGCCCUCCCACAUCUUCGAGCAGCCCCGGGUGUCCACUCGCGAGAUUCCCACUUACGCCAGUGCCGUAAAUGGCGGGCCGCAACGCGUCCACAUCCAUCAAAGCAGCCAGAGCAGCAGCAGUCCCUCAACUUCCACGCAGGCAUCGAAUAAUCGCGAUGCCAGCGGUAGCAGCCAGGCCCAAGCGGCCCCUGAGGAAGAGGAGGAUAGAGCGGAGGAGCACGACUGCGAGUGUUCAGACGACGAGAUUAUGGCCACGUUCAGUGAGCGCGUUUCGUUGUCGCUCAAAACCGAUACCAGCGCUCGGGUGGUCAGUGUUCCCGCAGCGCCCAGUGGAGGAGGAGGCCCUGGAGCCACCACAGCAGCCAGUCCGGGCUGCUCCAAGCCGGGCUCGAGCAGCUCCAAGGCGGACGCCUCCUCGCAGUCCAGCUUCGAGGAGCUGGGCGCCAUCGGUGGCAUCUCCGACGAGAGCAAGGCCACCACGGAUACCAACAGCAGUCAUCUGGACCAGUGGCAAGUGCUAGAGGUGAACCGCAUCGAUGCGGUGGAGGAAACGCCGACCACGAGCGCCGCCGAGGAGAUCCUGGAGGUCACGCUGCGCAGCAGACCGGCGGUGGAAGGCGACGAAAGCCAGAUGGGCGAUGGGAGCACUCAAACCCUAAAUAUAGAGCAGCGUCCGGCCAACCCAAGUCCAGCGUUACAUCCCGCCGUGCCGCAGCGCACCAAAAAGGUGACCCGCCGACGCUCGGAUGGCUACUUGAAUCGCCGCUACCAUUCCAGCGAUGAUGAGUCGCCGGUGACGCCAGGUGGACCUGGUCUCAGCCUGGGACUCUCCACGCUCAGCGAACAGCCGGAGCACGGCCUGCAUGCGCACUCCCAUCGCCAGAGCUGCCAGCGGUGCGGCAAGAACAAGACAAACAUCCGUCGGCAUGUGGAGAAGAUGCGACGCCAUCUGGAGAACUCGCAAAUGUCCGAGGAGGACAUCAAGCGGGAGCUGCAGGAAUUCCUCACGUACCUGGAGCAGCGCACCAAGUCCGUGGAGGCCUCCGAUGCCGACAGUCAUGCAGUGUCUCCGCUCAGCGUGGACGCGAUCAGCGUGGCAGCUGGCGGCAGAUCACCGGACAUGCCCAUCACGCCGACCAUAGAGUUCUCGCCCACGCAGGAUGAUGAUAUCCGCUGGGACGAUGACGAGGGCAUCCAUGUGUACGCGGCACCUUCCGACUUUGAGCCGGCCGCCGGCAUUGACUCGCGUUUCGUCAAUUUGGAAGACUUUGAGGAUUUAAAAGACUUGGAGGCUUUGACGGUGAAGCAGUUGAAGGAGGUGCUCAUGCUGCACCGCGUCGACUACAAAGGCUGUUGCGAGAAGCAGGAGCUGCUCGACCGCGUCAGCAGGCUGUGGAAAACCAUGCGGGAGUCUCCAGCUGUUGAGAAACUGGCCACGGACGAGCUCUGUAAGAUUUGCAUGGACGCGCCCAUUGAGUGCGUGUUUCUGGAAUGCGGGCACAUGGCCACCUGCACGAGCUGCGGAAAAGUGCUGAACGAGUGCCCGAUUUGCCGACAAUAUAUUGUACGAGUUGUAAGAUUUUUUAGAGCAUAAUGAGACGGCCAACGGUGACUGGAAAUGGUGCAAUGCAAUGGCACAACCAGGUGUACAGCAGCUGUACAGCAAAUCCGGUUGGCGGGACUACAGCGUAUUUGUUUCCUUAAACGGCGCGAGUGCAACAAUAAUCUUAGUUUGAAUAUUCGUUUCUACCGUGUAGUAUGUUGCCAGUAUGUAUGCGUAUAUAUAGUGAACACCCUGAUACCGCUUUCAAAGUGUAUUUAUCUAUUUCAAAUGUGAAAUACUUUUGCUAUUUAUUUUGUUUGUUCUUGUUGUUUGUAUAAAAACGAGAGGUUAUCUAGAUCAACUAACAUUCCUAUAAGCCGCUAAAAAGAUUAAAUCUGUUAUUAACAGUUGUGAAAAACUCGUCUAGAUGCGCAUUUAAACAAUAAAUAUUUUCAA